CCCAAUCCUUUUCGAACCCCUUUUUAUAUUCCUAUUUCAUGCCAAUCUGUUCCAACGAACAAAUUAUAAAUACUCCCACCAAUAUUAGUCUCUUCAUUCAUUAAAGCUUUAAAUUGUUUUCUCCCCACUUGUUUAUUUUCUUCCUAUCAGUCUUGUUUUCUUGCGUAUUUGUAUAUAUCCGACAAUAAUAGACAGUUCGAACUCCCUGAUAUAAAAGUUUGAAAAUGAGCACAAAAAAGGGUAGCAAAGAGAGCAGAAUUAAAAAGUGCAUAAAAGCACCAAUUAGAGUUUUAAUUAAAGCCAGGGACUGUUACGUCCAUAGCCUAAUGGAUUGUUCUGGAAAAAUUGGGUAUGGCAGUGUGAUGGGGGUUCCACAAAUCUCUGCUUUGCCUAGAAGUUUCAGUGUCAAUUCAUCUAUAUCAAGCAGGGACGAAGAUUUCAGGGAGCUAGUGAGAAUUGCUUCCAGAAAAAGUCUUGUUAACAAAAUGGAAACAGAGCUUCUGAGGCAAAAAUCAAUUGCUAAAAAUGUUGAUCUGGUGCCUCGGAGUCGCUCUGUUGGAAUUGGAAGAAUCGAUGAAGAUAAGCCGUGUGAUUUUGGUGAAGAGGUGAAAGUGAAUACAGAUGUGUUUACAAGAAGUAGAAGCUGCGCUGUUUCUUCUAGAAAAACAGGGGUGUUCUGAAACAGAGUACUCCUCAAGGGAAGGUAAAAUUGGAAGAAGGAAACAAGGCUAGCCUAUUUUUAAUUAUCUGCUUGACUGUUUCUUCGAGUGUUUUUGUUAUAUGGUUGCUCUUUCACUGUUGUAAUAUGUUUGUUGCAUAUACAUGUUCACUUUGCUCUCAAUUCUCUGUGUAUAAUGAUGGGUUGAU